AUGCCAUCUGGAUUAUCUAGAAGAUGGAUGAGGAAUGCACACAAAUAUCAAAACCCAUUUUCUGCUCAAUCUACUAUUAACAUGAUCAAGCAUAACAUUCAGCUUACUGGGGGUGCUCCUAUUUUGGCUGCUAGUGGUGGCAUAUUUAAGGGAAGCACGGGUGAAUUCAUUGGUGACUUCUCUACUCCUAUGGGUACUAACUUUGCUUUUUACGCGAAGCUUGAAGCUGCUAUGCUGGCUAUUGAAUUAGCAUUGAUAGAAGCUGGACUCAUUUAUGGUUGA